CGGGCAUCGUGCACGCGGUGGUGACUGCCUGGCGGCGGGAGAAUCCAGGCUACCGCGCGGGGACGUGUUUCUGCAUUCGCGUGCUCAUGGAGGUGCCGCUGCAGCUGUCGGCCGCUGGCUGGAGCCCGAAGCUGCUGCUGCUGUUCCUGCUGCUGGCCGUGGCUCUGCGGGGCUUGGAGGCAGACGAGAGGCCCCGGACCCGCGAAGAGGAGUGCCACUUCUACGCUGGUGGACAAGUGUACCCGGGGGAAGCGUCCCGGGUAUCAGUCGCAGACCACUCCUUGCACCUAAGCAAAGCCAAGAUUUCCAAGCCAGCACCUUACUGGGAAGGAACAGCUGUGAUAAAUGGAGAAUUCAAGGAGCUCAAGUUAACUGAUUACCGUGGAAAAUACUUGGUUUUUUUCUUCUACCCACUUGAUUUCACAUUUGUGUGUCCAACUGAAAUUAUCGCUUUUGGCGACAGAAUUGAAGAAUUCAGAGCCAUAAAUACCGAAGUGGUGGCAUGCUCCGUUGAUUCACAGUUCACUCAUUUGGCCUGGAUUAAUACCCCUCGAAGACAAGGAGGACUUGGAUCAAUAAAGAUUCCACUUCUCUCAGAUCUGACCCAUCAGAUCUCCAAGGACUAUGGCGUUUAUCUGGAAGACUCAGGCCACACUCUCAGAGGGCUCUUCAUCAUUGAUGACAAAGGAGUCCUAAGACAGAUUACUCUGAAUGACCUGCCUGUGGGGAGAUCAGUGGAUGAGACGCUGCGUCUGGUUCAAGCAUUCCAGUACACCGACAAGCACGGAGAAGUCUGCCCUGCUGGCUGGAAACCUGGUAGUGAAACAAUCAAACCUGAAGAUGCCAUGAAAGCCUGGUGGCCAAGAGAAGAGCUAUAAUCCCAGAUCCAGCUGGAAAACUGAAGUAUUUCGAUAAACUAAAUUGAAAAUACUUCCUCAAGUCAUGGUGCUUGAACAUCCUCAAUAAAGAACACCAAUCCACUA